AUGGGGUUGGUGGUGGCGGUCGGGAAGACCGAGGCGAUAUGGAUGUAUGGGUUGCCUCGGGGCCGACUGUCGCCGCCACCCGAGAGUCAUCUCCGGAUCCAGGUCGGUGAAGCCUACGUCGACAUCAAGCCCAGUAUGCGUUACUUGGGUCUGACGAUCGACGGCCGCUGGCGCUUCGAAGAUCACUUCGACCUCCUUGCCCCUCAAGUACUCACCGGUCAUGGGUGUUUUCGUGAAUACCUCCAUGGAGUGGGGCAGGAGCCAACCGCGCAGUGUCACCACUGCGACGAAGACGUGGACCCAGCGCAACAUACGCUCGAGGAGUGUCCGGCAUUGGCAGAGCAGCGUCGUGUCCUCCGAGCCGCGGUGGGAGUGUAUGACCUCUCGCUCGGGACCGUGGUCGACCACAUGGUCUACAGCAACAGGUCGUGGAAGGCGGUGGCCUCUUUCUCGGGUAUGGCGCUACGAGCGCCCGUCAGGCCGGGCUGA